ACGGUAUCGCCUAGGUGCAACACAUACACUGUCAGACAUGUCUUCCAGGAAAUUUUUCGUCGGGGGAAAUUGGAAGAUGAAUGGGGACAAGAAGAGCCUGACGGAGCUGAUCAACACUCUAAACAGCGGCAAGAUCAGUGCGGACACAGAGGUGGUGUGUGGCGCCCCAACCAUCUAUCUGGACUUUGCACGGCAAAAGCUUGAUGCCAAAUUUGCGGUUUCUGCACAGAAUUGUUACAAAGUGGCCAAGGGAGCGUUCACCGGAGAGAUCAGCCCAGCAAUGAUUAAAGACUGUGGUGCUACAUGGGUAAUUCUUGGGCACUCAGAGAGACGGCAUGUGUUUGGCGAGUCUGACGAGCUAAUUGGGCAAAAAGUGGCCCACGCACUUAGUGAGAAUGUUGGCGUCAUCGGCUGUAUUGGUGAGAAGCUAGACCAGCGCGAGGCGGGCAUCACCGAGAAGGUUGUGUUUGAGCAGACGAAGGCCAUAGCAGAUAAUGUGAAGGACUGGAGCAAGGUGGUCUUGGCCUAUGAGCCAGUCUGGGCUAUUGGCACUGGCAAAACUGCCACACCUGAACAGGCCCAGGAAGUCCACAAGAAGCUCCGUGAGUGGCUGAAAACCAACGUAUCUGAAGAUGUUGCAAAGUCUGUUCGUAUCAUCUAUGGAGGUUCAGUAACAGGAGGCACAUGCAAAGAGCUGGGAGCUCAGCCCGACAUUGAUGGCUUCUUGGUGGGAGGAGCUUCUCUGAAACCGGAGUUCAUUGACAUCAUCAACGCCAAGCAAUAACCAGCUCCCUGGCAGAACCUCUCAUCCCUUUACACAAACGGUUUAGAAUAAGUGACGCGGCCCACAAAGAACAAGCCAGUCAAGCUGAGGCCCAUACUUGGUGCCUGCGGGUGGCCCACAUGAUGUAGUAUAAUUAAUCUGUGCUGUCUGUGAUAAUUGUCUGUCGGUGUCAAACAUCCCAGGCCUUGCAGGUCACUGCUUGUAAUAAAAUCCCCCGAAACUA